CUUCCAUGUGGCGCAAUGUUUUCCCACUAGUGGACCAGAGACCCUUAACAUUCUCUCUCCAAAUCCUAUUGGCCCACGUUUCCACCUUCUCGAACACCCGUCACCCACAAUGCUGCGCAGCCCGAUGACCUACGUGCCCCUCCCUUGGGGCCAGACUCGACACAUAUCCAUCUAUCAUUCGUCCUUUGUGGGGCCCAAUCUCAACUCUUUCCUCCACGUGGACCCCACCACAUGAAAACGCCACGUUGCACUUCCCAACCAAUCCCCUCUCUGCGCUGUUAAACCUACCUUUUCACACGUGUCAGCCCUCCACACGUGUCGCGGCGGAGUUCUUAUAAACACCAGUCACGUCUCCCAUACUUUCUCCUCCUCAUACGCCAGCAAUCUUCUUUAAUGCGUCCAGAUUGCUCCCCUCCAAAUCUGCGCAAAAAAAUCAACCGACUCCGGUGAACUCAGGAAACUGUGAAGAAAAACUGAGUUGCAGUGAGAGAGAGUGAGGGAAUUGUAGAGGGUGAGAGAAAAUAAAAUUAAGAAGAACAAUGGACGGUAGGGGUGGAUGCUGCAUAGCGAGGUAUGCUGGUGAUGGUGGGGUCUACCAUAUUUCCCAAGUGGAUCAGAUAAUGCUCCGGUUCCGACCGAUUGCCCCGAAACCGGCAACCGGCGGAUCCGUUCCGCCGCUGGAGUGUAACAGUGAAGUGUACUCUAAUUGUGGAAGAGGCAAGAGAAAGUACUCGAAAGAAAACAAGAACAACGUCAGCAGCAACGAAAACACAAACAACAGCAAGAGGUGCAAUAGGAAGAGAAGGGUGUCGAAUCGGGAAGAGAAACGAAAUGGGUACAACGGAGAUACAGUGGUGACACUGCCCUUGUUGCCGGAGACUCCGGACCGGAAAGACUCGCCGGCGAGAGGGUACCCGGAGGAAGCCAAGAAGGGACAAAAGUUUCCCGUGUGGCUGAGUUUUGGGAGCAGUAGUAGUGAUAAUAGAUUUGGGGAACUGAUGGGUGAUGGAUUAGGGUGUGGAUCAGAUCCGGGGGUGGUGACGCCCGAGGCGGUGAGGUUGGUGGGAUCGUGCGUGACGGUGGAAUGCGUGACGGAGACUUGGGUGGAGGGGGGUGGACUGGGGAGUACGGACGAGGAAAGGAGGAGAAAUCUGGGAAGGGACACGUGUCCAGGGUUCAUAUCGGACGGCAUGGGGAGGGUGACGUGGACUAAUGGGGCUUACAGGGAAAUGGUAGGGCAGUGUGGAGGGAUGAUGGUGUGGUUGGUGAUGAAGGAAAGGGCGAUGCUAACGUACCCGGCAUUCACGUGCAGGGUGAGGUUACAGUACGCGUGUGGGAGGGAGAGGAAUUCUCUGAUUCUGCCUUGUGACGUGUGGAGAAUGGAGGGUGGCGGAUUUGCAUGGAGACUGGACGUGAAAGCGGCUCUCUGCCUAGGCCGCUAAUAUAACUUAGUAAACCACAUAUAUAUGUGUAUAUAUAUCGGCCUGUCGUGGGUGAUGUAUGAAUCAUGCUUUUAGUGGAAAGAACAAUGGAUUAACACAGAGAUUCUACUACUAUAUAUAUAUAUAUAUAUAUAGGGUGUCAAGAGCUUUGUUUAACAUGUAAAUACACUUAUGAGAGGGGGGAGUUUAGGUACUUUUUACAGUAGAUAAAUGUCGGUGUCUGUCAACUUUGGCUUUCUGUGUAUUAAUUUGGCUGAUUAGAUUUGUAGGAAGCAUUUGAAUGAAAAUUAAGCGAUCUGAUGA